UGAAGACAAUCACUUCAUCCUUCGAGGUUUCAAAACAACAACCCACCAGAGAAGUUCAUGAUGAUACACCAAACCUUAUCAUCUUCGUCUUCAUCCUUUUCUCCAUUUUUUCCACUUCAAAUCAAAUCUAAAUCUUUUCAAAUGUUCAAUACACCACCACCUUAUUUAUAUCUUAACAAACACUUAACUUUCCCUCUUAUCAUCGAUAACUAUCCAUCACCAUGUUGUUCUCUGCAUUUCUGCACCAACACUUCUGAUUCAACAUCUUUUGAAGUUUCCUACCUCAUCAACAAUUUCGACUUCUCACCACAAUUUGCUUCCAAACUCUCCUCAACUUACAAGGUUCGUUUCAACACUUCCCAAAACCCUGAUUUAGUUCUCAACUUCUUUAGAAACAAUGGUUUCUCAGAAACCCAAUUACGUUAUAUCAUUUCCAAGGCACCAAGGUUACUUUCCUGUGACCCCUCCAAAAGGGUAUUGCCAAAGUUUCAAUUUUUACUAUCCAAAGGUGCUUCUAACUCUGACAUUGUUAACCUUGUCAGUAAGAACCCUAUGGUCCUGUCUCCAAGCUUGGAGAAUCAUAUAAUCCCAACCUAUGAAUUGCUUUAUAGAUUUUUGCAAUCAGACAAGGACAUUAUUGCUGGUGUAGUUCAUAAUCCAGCAUUACUUAGUGACCAUCUUGUGCCACAAAACAUCACAAUGUUGAUUAAGAAUGGAGUUACAGAUUCAAGCAUUGCAAGAUUGUUUCGGACGCGGUCACGAUCAUUGAAUACGAAUACACGUUGCAUGCUGAAGUUGGUGGAGGAAUUGAAGGAUUUGGGUUUUAAUCCUUCAAAAAUAACUUUUGGUAUAGCAUUGGAAGCCAAACUAACUGUAAACAAAACAUUGUGGAAAGAAAAAGUUGAUGCCUUUAAGAAAUGGGGUUGGUCUGAUGAUGAUGUGACAGAAGCAUUUAGAAGGCAGCCUCAUUGUAUGUUGGUAUCUAUUGAUAAAAUUAAUUUAGUGAUGAGCUUUUGGGUCGAUCAGUUGGGUUGGGAUGUGCUUGCCCUUGCAAAAGGACCGUCGGUUUUUUCAAAUAGUUUGGAAAAAAGGAUCAUUCCAAGGGCCUCAGUUGUGCAAUUUCUGUUGAAGAAAGGUUUGCGAAAAAAGGAUGCAAGCUUAAUUUAUCCAUUUGUAAUGUCUGAGAAGUUGUUUCUUGACGCGUUUAUUAUGCGUUUUAAGGAGGAGUCAUCUUAUCUAUUAAAGAUUUAUGAAGAAAAACUGAGUCUUGCACAAACAAGGGACAAAACCGGCAUGUAAUGAUCAAGUUUUCAGCUAUACUGGAAUAAGUUGCUGGUGGAUUCAAAAUGGUUUCAAGUAGCGGUGCAGUUGCAACUGUGGUUGAAUUUCAAAUACCGAAAGUGAAACUAAUUGUGGACAAAUACAGUCAUAAAUAUGGUAGUUAUGUAAUUUUCAACACCUAAAGAGAUACUAAACCUCAAUAUUAACAAGAGAUACUAAACCUCAAGAGAUACAGUCAUAAAUAUGGUAGUUGUGGACUGCAAUUACUCAAAACACUUCUUAUGCAGCGUUUGAAUCUGCCACAUAUUCGUUUGCUGCUUGUUAUCUUUACCUUUUGGCCCACUGAUAUGGAUAUGGUGGAGUCAGAUUUAACUGUGACAUUUUUUUCCAUGUUCUGGAUUUUAUGUGACUGCAUUAUGCAUUUAACAGUGGAAUUGCUUGAACAACUUGUUCCCAGCUGGACAUGUAUAACCUGGUAGAGUUUUUUCUUGAUGCAGUUAAUUGGUUAUUUUGUUUGUGUACUUACAUUUCAUUUUACUCAGUUCAGGUGAUACUUUUUUUAUGAAUCUCACCUAUAAGGCAGAAGCUUUUGUUUGAUGAAGACAAAAUAAAGAAAAUCGUUUAUGAUAAGAAAAAUUAAAGAAAACAAUAGUUGACAUGUUUCAUUUAAUUGCUUGUUCUAUUUAAGAUUUUCUUAAGAUUACUAUACAACUAAAUUGUAUUAACCUUCAAUGAUUUGUACCAUAAGUUAUAUAACAAAGCACCAAUAUGUCAUAACAUUGCCUAAGAUGCUAUCUUCACGACUGCUUUCUUGAUGUAUUGCAGCUUGUGCAUAAAAGUUUUGCUCAGCUGUUUACUUAGUGACUUCCUGAGAAAUCCUAGGUUUAUGAAUCUUUUGCUAGUAUAAAAUGGUGUGAAUAAUUUUUAAUCAUGCUGUUUUUUGCUUUCUAAAAUGACUACUUAAAAAUGGAACUUGUAAUUGAACUUAUAGAUGAGUUUGAAUAAUUUUCUACCUGCAUCAAGUAUCUCAUGGCAGGCAACAACAAGUUUUGUCUUUAGUUCCCUGGCCUUACAAUUGCUGAUUUGAAAUGGACUCUCAGUUAGAGAAAGUUUGACAGCUUCGUCCAUUAAAGUUUCUGGUCCAUUAAAGUUUUGUUUACAGACCGGAAUUGUGAAGAUCAUUGAAAUUAUUGUAUAAGCAUUGUAAAAUUAAUCUUACUGUAGAACACGAAAUUAUUGUAUCUCUUUGAAACUUAGAAUUGUCAAUUAUUGCAUCAGGAGAUUCAGGACAUGCCACAUUAACACUGUUUGUAAGUUUUAACAGAAUUAGAUAACAGAAAUCAUUUCAUGGGUUCUGGUUUUGUCAAUGAUUAGUUAUGUGAUUGGUGUCAAUUGUCUUUCUUGUUCUAUAAGAUAUGUGAACUUUCAGUUUGUUCAAGAAUAAAUUUGUUCUAUAAGAUAUCCAAUCUUCAUCGGAAUUGGAUAUCUCAUCGUUAAAGCAGGACACUGUAACUAAUUUGGGCCAAAUCGGUGGCUGAGAUUCUUUUACUGAAAAUACUUAAUAUGAAAUUUGAGUCAUCCGAUCUCAAAUCAACAACUGAGGUCCACUACAGCAUGAAACUAUGUGGAAUUUCAACAGUAGGGAAUCUAGGUCUGAGACAUAAGACAUCCAAACACUUCAAUUUACAGUGAGGUAUCUGGGCAUAAGUUCAUGCUACGGACCGUUUCGAAGAGUAUCUGGGCUUUAAAAUGUUUUAUGGGCAGGUCCGAAAACAAUAUUUUAGUGAGGUAUAUGAUAGAGUUAAUGCUAAAUUGGCCUCUUGGAAGAGUCGAUUGUUAAAUAAACCUGGUACAGUGGUCUUGGCGAAUUCAGUACUUUCCGCUAUUCCUUUUUAUCGUAUGCAGGUCAAUUGGUUACCUCAAAGUGUUUGUGAUGAUCUGGACAAAAGUAUUCGUCAAUUCAUUUGGAAAGGCACGGACGUUACUGGUAUGCAUCUGGUCUGGUUAGCUGGAAGAAGAUUACUUAACCACGCAGGUAUGGGGGCUUAGGUGUGAGAUGUUCCAGAUCUCAGAAUACUGCCCUCCUUGGUAAGCUGAUAUGGGAAAUCCUUCAGGAUCUAGACAAGUUAUGGGUUCGUCUCUUCAAAGAUAGAUACCUUAAGGGGAAUUUACCUUUUAACGUAACAAUAUCUGGUGGCUCCGUAAUCUGGAAUUCAGUGGCGAAGGUCAUGCGCAUGCUGAGAGAUGGUUUUACUUUUAAAAUUGGUAAUGGUGAGACAAGCUUCGGGUAUGAUUCUUGGGUUAUUAAAGAAAUACUGUGUACGGUUCUACCUUUUGUUGCAAUUAAAGAUACAGCCGCAAAGAUAAAUGAUGUUUGGCAGAAUGGUAUGUGGAAUUUACAAUACCUGUAUACUCCUCUCCCUAAUAAUGUUGUUACCGCUAUUACUAUACUGAUAUUCAGCCCAGGAUUGUUAUACACCUGCCUGAUGUUUGGACUUGGUGUAACUUGACCUCGGGUAAAUAUUUUGUCAAGGAUGCUUAUAAUUGGCUAACAAACCCAGCCCCUUUGAACGAACAUGCAAACUAGCAGUGGA